AUGAAUCCUGAAUAUGACUACCUCUUCAAACUCCUGCUCAUCGGCGACUCCGGUGUCGGAAAGUCCUGCCUGCUCCUUCGGUUUGCAGACGACACAUACACCGAGAGCUACAUCUCGACCAUCGGUGUGGAUUUCAAAAUCAGGACAAUCGAACUUGAUGGCAAAACAGUGAAACUUCAGAUCUGGGACACCGCCGGUCAAGAACGAUUCCGAACAAUUACCUCCUCCUACUACCGCGGCGCACAUGGCAUCUGCGUUGUCUACGAUGUCACUGAUAUGGAUUCGUUCAACAACGUCAAGCAGUGGCUGCAAGAGAUUGAUCGUUAUGCCACGGAAGGUGUCAAUAAGCUGCUGGUAGGCAACAAGUCGGAUAUGGCAGACAAGAAGGUCGUUGAGUACACUGUGGCGAAGGAAUUCGCCGACAGUCUGGGCAUCCCCUUCCUGGAGACGUCCGCAAAGAGUGCCACAAAUGUCGAGCAGGCAUUUUUGACCAUGGCUCGCCAGAUCAAAGAACGGAUGGGAACCACUACGGUCAACAACAAGCCCACGGUGCCGAUUAGCCAAGGCCAAGGCGUCCAGAGCGGAUCCGGGGGCGGCUGCUGCUAG